GGCUUGAUCUGGCAACGCUUGCCGCGAAAUGGCAAAAAAAUAAUACAUACGAUUUUAAACUAACUGGACAAUUACGUAUUACGUGAAAACAAAGCAAAGCAAGUUAUUGAAAUAUUUUUAUUAUUACCCAGCCUGCUGCAAUCGGGCGCCUAAUAUCAAUUCGUGCGUACGUGUGUGUGUGUGUGUGUGCAACAAUUGAAAUAAAAUUCCAAUUUGAGAAGAAAAAAGUGUGAUUCAAACGAGUUUCCGUACAUCAUUUUCUUCUUUCCUCUCCCUUCCUAACCAUACACUUGCAAAAAAAAGAAGCAGAAGAAGAAGACGACACGGCGUGAGAGGGAGAGAGAGAGAGCCCACAGCCAGCACAACACAACGGCAAACCAAGAGUCGAACAAGAACAGAGAAAAUCAAGAAAAUUGAGGGAGAGAGAGAGAGAGCAGAAGUAAUCGAGAAAAAAUUGAACUAAAAUCCAAUAGAAUCGCCGGAAUUUGUCAUCCGCUUUCGUUUGCGGAGCUGCAAUUGACAGAAACAACAAAAAUAUAUAGCAUUUCAAUUUGUUUGGUUAGAUUUGUGUAUUUGGCCGAGAGAAAAAAGAAAAAAAGGAGCCAAGGAGCAACGAACUUGGGUGUAAAAGGCUCUAUAUAGAAGACUGAAGAGAAAAACCUCAAACAAAUAAACAAAAAACGAUUGUCAAACCGCAACAGCAAUAAUAAUAAUAAUAACAACAACAACAACAGCCAGUGAUCAGUGUCAGCAAAAGAGAGAGGAACGCGGCGGCGGCGUCAAGGAAGCUAACGCUAAUGAGGAUCUAUUGGCAGCAUGAGUACAUUGGGGGGAAGUAGGGGAGAGCGAAAUGCCAAGCCCAGAUUUACAGCGUUGGAUAUAAAUCGCAUGUACAAGAAUAGUCGUGGCGAAUCGAGUGAACCAUCUGCACAAAAGAAUCAAGUGCCGCGUAAACAUGGAAUGCAAAUUUUGGGCAAAGUGCCGUCCGCUAGGCGACCACCAGCCAAUUUGCCAUCCCUAAAGGCCGAGACCAAUAACACGACCAGCAGCACCAGCAGCAAUACCAGCAGCAGCAGUAGCAACAGCAGAAGCAGCAGCAGCAAUAACAACAAUCUCCUAGCCGCAGUUGAAGGAGGAGCCACAGGAGCAGGUGGAGCGGGCUCGGUAGGAUCAAACACUAGCCACAAUAAUAGCACUGCCCACGGUGUAGGCGGAGGAGGAGGAGGUGCAGCAGGAACAGGAGCUGCAGCGGGACCUUUGCCCACGCAUCAGCAACAGCAGCAGCAGCAUCAUCCACAUCACCAGCAAAAUAACUCCAAAUAUAAUAACAGUAACAACAACGCUUCGUCAAGUAGCAACAGCAACAACAACUCGAGUUCUAGCAACAAAAACUUUAAGCUUAUAAAUAACUCGUCGUCGGCAGGAGGCGGCGGUGGUGGUGGAGCAACUUCAUCUUUAAACUCGCCCAAGACAUGGUCAGCUAUAACCACAGGUCACGAGCGUGGCACAAGCCAUCAUUAUGGCCGUCAAAACCAGACUCAGGCUCAAGUGGUGCCACAUUAUCAGAGUCCGCAAUUCCAAUUCGAAUUCCCCACACUCGAUGGCACAGUUGGUGGUGGUGGUGGCGGCGGCAGUGGCGGUGGAAGUGGUGGUGGCGGAUCACAAGGAGCAUCCAAUUCAGGUGCAGGCUCCGGCAAGGGCAAUUACCAGAUCCAGCAUCAUCACCAUCAGCAACAGCAGCAGCAUCAUCCACAUCAGCAGAAUCACCAUCAUCACCAUUCACAGCAGCAGCAGCAGCAACAUCAUCCGCAUCAUGGCCAUCAUCGAGACUAUCAUCAUGGCGGAAGCGGCGGCGGCGGCGGUGGCAGAUAUGGCCAUCAUUCGUCAUCCUCGCAUCGGGAUUACAGAGAUGGGAACGACGACGGCGGAGGCGGUGGUGCUGGCGGAGAUCUCGGCGAGCUAAGUCUGCGUCCACAGAACGAUACGGCUGCUUGGCUUCAGCAACAGGAAAAGGCAGCGAAAGAGGCAGCAGCAGCUGCGGCAGCCAACUCAGAAUUGGCCUUGAACCAACAGGGCCAGGGCCACCAUCAGGGCAAUGGCGGUCCAGGUGGAGGGGGCGGGAGUGGUGGUGGAGCUAGCGGAGGAGCUGUUCCUCUGCCUAUACUAUCAUUAAUGCCCUCAUUUAUGCGCAGCGGCGGUGGUCCACUUCCGGCAGGACAAGGCGGCGGCUCAGGUGGUGGUGGCCAAAUCGAACCAUUGUCACAUGGUGGUGGUGGUGGUGGUGGUGUUCAAGCGCCAUAUCAGAAUGGCAUUAUGUUGGGCACCCGAUCUGCCUCUCCCUCAAUGGGAAUUGCUGGCGGCUCAUUUCGAUCGGCCGCUGCCAUACCCAAAAGAUCCACAACACCACCAAUGCUGGGUGGCGGCGUCUCGGCUACACCUCCCCAGCCUUCCCAUCAUCACCAUCAUCAACAUCAGCACCAUCAUCAUCAACAUCAACAGCAACAACAACAACAACAACAACAGCAACAGCAGCAACAACAACAACAACAGCGGCAAGAAAACGGUCGCAAGGAUAAGGACUAUGUGGUAGAACCAGAAGUGGCCCAAAUGCAGCGUCCCAUUAUACGUGAAGAGGAUUUGGAGCGUUUAAAUGCCAUUGCCAAGGAUGAUAGCUGGACCAAACAGGAUGACAUUGAUUAUACGAAGAAACUGACAUUCUCCGAUGAUGAGUCCACACCAGAUGACCAUCAAUCAUCGUCAGCAUCAGCAGUAGCACCACCUGGAGGCGGCAAAAUGCAAUCCAAUGAACGCAAACUUCUCUCCUCAUCAAUUUCCUCGUCUUCAUCAUCGUCUAACUGGCAGGCAAACACCACGGAGUCAUCGUCUGUUCAAGAACAACAGCAGCAGCAUCCUCCAGAGGUGGUUCGCCAACAGAACGGUCAUCGUGGUAGCUCUGGCAAUGUCGCCGGUGGCAUAGCUCUAGAUGCCAGUGUAUAUGAGCGUGUUAAGCAGCGCAAGGAGGAGGAGGAACGUCGCGAAAUGGAGCGUAAACAGGCGGCAGCCAAGAAGCUACAAGAGCUCGAAAUGAAAAUGAAUAGUAAAAAGGCAGCGGCGGCGGCAGCAGCAGCAGCGGCAGCCGCGGCGGUGGCAUCUCAAGAGGGGGGCAUACCUAAUUGCUCCUCUUCAACGGCAUCGUUGUCCUCUGCCAGCGAGAAUGCACUGGCAACGGCCACUGCUGUCGGCGGUGCUCUAAGCAAUCAUAGCGAAGAUGAGGCUGGCAGCGGUAGUGGCGGCAAUGGCAAUGGAGGACAACGCCGUCCGCGUGGCAGCAUCUCGAGUCUGGGUAGUGGGGUAUCCGCUGCAGUAAGCGGAGGCGGAGCUGGUGGCGGCGCUGUUGGAAGUGCCGCCUCAAACUCAUCAUCAGCUGGCGGUGGCAAUGAUUAUGGCCAGAAGCCCGUGUUUUUAACCCAUUUCCAAUCGAAUUUACCACCACGAUUUCAACGUCAGCAGCAGCAGCAGCAACAACAACAACAACAACAGCUUCCACGACUGGAAAAAAGCGCAUCGGCGAGCAGCGCUUUUGACAGCAGCUCCCGCUACUUGCAAAAGGGCGGCGUCGGUGGCGGCAGUGGUGGACCAGUGAGUGGUUCUACCAACUCGAAUUCCAGUGGCGGCCGUAGCAUUUCUGGUGGCUAUGCCCGUGGUGCCAGUGUGGGUAGCUAUGGCAGUCGCAAUCGUCAUGAUAGCUCCAGUGCUGACCAGGAUCAGUGUAGUAGCAAUGCAUCGACAGAGCCACGAUUCACACGCAAUCAGGAUUACAGACAAGCCCAGACUUUGCCUCGCAGCAUCUCAGAGAAUUCUCAUCGUAAAAUCAGUGUCUCAUCAUCUGGUGAUGAUGGCGUCAUUCUUGGAGGCAAUUCAUCCUCUUGCUCAUCGUGGGCCGAGCAGACAGCCGAUGCCGAACAACAGAAGCAUCAUCGACAUAGUGAAGAGAGUUUCUCAUCAAGCCAUAGUCAUGAAUCGGCUGUUCAGAUAAAGAUUCUGCAACGCCCGGCCAGGCAGCCAAGCUUGAGUGAGGAAACGUCCCCGGGAUUGGCGGCGGCGGUGACUGCAACGUCCGCUUCCUCCUCCUCAAACAGUAAGCAACAGCAACUGACACCGUCCUCGCCCCAACAGCAGAAGCAGCAACAUCUAAAGCAGCAGCAGGAAAACACCAUAAUGCCCACACAAAUUCUGCGUAGAAGUGCGGAGAAUGAUAAACUGGAGGAUAAGCAGCAGCAACAACAGCAAAUUUCCAUAGGAGAAGAGAAGCAGACAUCAUCUGAUAUAUUGCUGAUGGACCAGCAGCAGCAGCAGCAAUCUGGUCGUACGUCACUUUCCGGAACAGUUUCUUCCAAAUCAUCCGGCGCCCUACUGCAGCAAGAUGAUGAGAAAUUGCAUACAACAGCAGGUGGUGGUAGCUCCGCUUCUAAACAGCGCCCCAGCCCUAGAGGCGGUGGUCCCAUUGGGCGAGGAGGACAUAGCCGUAACUAUGUAAGUGUUGGCGGUGGCUCCAGCAGCGGUGGUGGGGGCGGAGGCGGCGGCAAUAGCAGCUAUCAUCGUGGUCAACAGCAGAGCCGCAGCAGCAGCGAUUGGAGUAGCAAUCGUAAUACGUCAAGACGCUAUUAUGGCAGCGGUGGCGAACAAUCUGAGCAAUCUGAAGAAGUAGAGGAGGAAUGCUAUCGACGCAGUCCCAAGGAUCAGGCAACUGCAUCAACCACUGCCGCCUCAUCUGCCGCAGUCUCAUCUUCAUCGAAUUCCUCUGGCUCAGCGACAAAAGCUGGCUUUUCGCCACGGGGUGAACCAUCACGCCGUGGACGCGGUGGCCUCACCAGUGGCAUUGGUCCGGGCUCAGCGCCUGGCUAUCGACGUCAACAAGGUGGACCAUCGUCAUCAUCAUCAUCGACUACCACCACAUCAUCGACAUCCGGUGGCAGUGGUGCACCCGGCCGAUCAUAUGGACGAUUGGGCUAUGAGGAGUAUAACAAACAGCAACGCAAUUCCGAAUCCGAUGCGGAUUUGGAUAAGACCAAACAGAAUCAAUUGGCAUUGAGUGCAGGUCUGAGUAAGGCCAAUAAGGAGCUAGACCACAAGGAUGCGAUUGAAAAGAAAAAGAAGGAGGACGAAGACAAGUCUGCCGCUGCCGCCUGUUCUGCAGGGGCCGCCCUCCUUUCCACACAACACACUGCCCUAUCCAAGGAUGAGCAGACGGGCAAAGAGAAUCGUCUGCCGCCGGGAUUGGCUGCAACAUCUGCAACCACAACAACAAACACAAAUCCUCCACUGGGAGGGGUGACAACCGGAGCAACUGGUGCACCAUCUUCAGAGUCCAUAAUCUCGUCCUCGUCGUCGUCAUCCAUUACAACAGCGUCAUCGGACAAGCUGAAGAUGCCCAUGGCCAUUGGCGAUAAGGUGAGCUUGGGUGUAGGCGGCUUGGGAGUAGUGCCCACUCUUCUCGACGCUGGUGCUCCAGUCAACACAAUUAUUUUCGAGAACUCCACAUACAAACAGCAACAGGCAGCAGCUGCUGCUGUUGUCGCCAAGCCCAAUACACUCGCCAGCGUCGUUGGGAAUGGUGGUCCAGGUGGGCCAGGAGGAGUUGCUUCCGUAAAUGUGGACAGUCUUUCCAGCGCUUUGUCUCAGAUGAGUUUUUGUGCUAAACCAUCAAGCAAUGCAGUUGAGGAUCAGCAGGAUAUGAAGCUGGGCUUCACCUUUGGCGAUGAUACAAGCGCGCCCAAUCCGCUCAAGGUGGUGGAUGUGGAAAAAAGUUCAUCGGCAGCUAGCCAACAUCAGCAGCAGCAACAUCAACAGCAUCAGCAACAUCAGCAGCAGCAACAACAGCAAAGUAACUCCACGGCCGAUCUCAAUAUGAAGAUAGCGAGCGUGAAAAAGGUUUGGGAAUCUGCAACGCCAUUGGCCGAUAAUGCGCCCAGUCAGGUGCAGCAGCAGCAGCAACAGCAGCAGCAACAACAACAGCAGCAGCAGCAACAACAACACCAGCAACAUCAGCAACAACAACAACAACAUCAACAACAACAAUCUGCUCCAGAGGAUUCCAGCAAUCAUAUGACAGCCGCCUCAUUUGUGGCAGCUGCAGUGGCUGCCUCCCAGCAACAGAUGCCACCACAUUAUGCCAUUUCGAUCCAUCAUCAGGCGCCACCGCAACAGCAUCCGCUGUCAUCGCCAGGUCCUGGUCAUGGAGGUCAUGGUCAUGCUGGACAUGGUGGUGGAGGGGCACAUGGCGGAUAUGGCGGCGGUCAUGGAUCUCCAUUCGAUUCUGGCUCUUUGGAUCAACAAUUCCAGCCGGACGAUUAUCCUAGCCCACAGCAGCAGCAGCAACAACAGCAGCAGCAAGCGCAGCAUCCGCAACAACAAAAGGUCAAGCAUCAUGUCUUGGGCAUGUCUCCACCACCCAGCCAACAGCAGCAGCAGCAACCACAUCCUCCUCAGCAGCAGCAACAGCAGCCGCCCUUCUAUCAGGCUUCACCCCAGUUUAAUGUCGGCGGCAUUUCAACAAUUCCCAGUCCACCCGCUGGCCACCAGUCCGCUGUGGUCUUCAACUCCCAGCCGAUUCCGCCGCCCAGGUCGCAGGGUGCCAAUCUGUAUUCAUUCCAUUCGAUUGAACAUUCGAGCACGCCGGCCGCCUAUUCUGCAGCCGUUGCGGCAGCUGCAUCAGCCGCUCACAAUUUUCCGGGCCAUUAUGCAGCCGCGGCAGCAGCAGCGGCAGCCGCCGCAGCUGGUGGACCAUUCAAUGCGUAUGCCAUGCAGACGCCACAUGGCGGCAAUAUGCCGCCUCCGCCAGCAGCGCCAACGCCCGAUAUGUACCCGAAUCUGUCGUCACAGUUCCGUUUGGGUGGCGGGCCAUCAGUGGGGCCUUUUGGCCAACCACCGCCACCGCCCAAUUCCCAGCAGCUGAGCAAUCCGAAUGGAUCAGUGGCCAUUAUCUCAUCAAACAGCAGCUCGAUGAUGUCUUCUGGUGCGGGUAAGGCUGGUCCCAGCCAACAGAGCAUCGGGGCAAUCGGCUCCAAAUCUGUGGGAGGCGGCGGUGGUGGCGGGCCAGGUGGACUCGGUGGACCGGGCGGUCCUGGCCCCGGUCCUGGACCAUAUGCAACCGCUGCCCAGCAGUAUAUGAAUCUUUAUACCGGCCCACCGCCAAGUCAGCAUCCCGGACAAGGUGGCCCACUGGGCGCCCAUCAACUGCAAUCCAAUAGCUACUACUCGAAUUCAGCACCCGGAGGCCCACCAAAUGGACCCCAGUUCUAUGGCGGUCCACCACAAGGCAGUGGUGGUGGCCAAAACUAUGGACUGUACGGCGGCCAUCAAGGUGGUCCGCCGCCAGGCUCCAAUGGACCACCACCAGGUCCACCUCAAUCACAGCAUACCAUGGGCAAUUUCAAUGCGCAGUUCAUGAACUCGCAGCUAUUGACGGCGGCCAACAUUAAUCAAUACCGAGGUGGACCCAAUCCCGGAGCGACGGCCUAUCUCAAGAAUAGCCAGGCCCAGGGACACAUGGACUCGAUGGGCAGACAACUGAAGAGUCCACUGAGUGCUGACAUGAGCCUAGGCCUAGCUAAGCAGGUGCAGUCGCAGCCAAGUCCGCCGCAUCAUAAGAACUAUGGCGGGUGGGAUCUACAGAACCAGGUACUGCAGCAGCAGCAACAGCAACAAUCUCAACAGCAGCAACAACAACGCCAAGGCGGAUCGGGUGGCAAUGGACCACCCAAUAUGAAUGCCCUGGGUGGACGCGGCAAUGGCCCGGUGGGAAGCGGCAAUGGAGGUGGUGGCGGCGGCUCCCAGAUUGUUGGCGGCGGUGGCAAUGGCGGUGUUGGAAGCGUGGGCCAAAGCGGUGGCGGUCAGGGACGAUAUCCUACGCCAAUUCAACGACCUAACAAUUAUCCGCAGCAUCCACAGCAGCAGCAACAACAGCAGCAACAACAACAACAACAACAGCAGCAGCAGCACAGGGAUCAGGCAGCAGCGGCGGCAGCGCAGCGCGCCCAAAGCAUGCGCCAAGUGACAGGUGGCGGGGGUGGUGCCGGCAGUGCCGGUAAUAACAAUGCUCCCGUUGGGCCACCUGGCGCCAAUAAUGGUGGCAAUGGUGGUCCAGGUGGGGCUGGUGGCGUAGCUGGCGGCGGCGGUGGCGGAUCAUCCGCAUCGGCGGCUGGGAAUCCUUCCCAGCUGAGCAAGCCGUAUUAUGCGAACAACACCGGAGGCGGGGGCGGCGGCGGUGGAGCCAAUCGCGGCGAAUGGCAUGCGAAUUGAAGUGUUCAUUCUCAUAUACGACGGGGUUGCGCCCCCCCUGCGCUUGACCGUCUAUAAAAAAAAAAACAAAACAAAACAAAAAGCAAAAAGAAGCAGAAUAGAAAAAGAGAGAAGAAAAGCUCAGAAAGCGGGAGAUGGUUGGCACUCCUUUUACUUUCUCUUCUAAUCCUCCAAGCUAGAGCAGCUCCCCUUGUUCUCUGCAGAGACAGACACCACAACCACAGCCACACACACACACACACACA